UCUGGGGAUGACUUCUCCUAUCUUGUUAUAUAUGUGAAGUAGCUUUUCUACAUUCAUUAGCCUCUUCCGACUAUUUUAUUGGUUCUUUUCGAGUUUUGGCUUCAGAGAUAACAAUGGGAAUCUGUUCUAUCUUUUAGCAGUUUUCAAACAUUCUUCAUUUCGUUUCGACGUAUCUAGGAGAAAGAAGAAACCAUGUUUUCUGAACUAUUUGAAAAAAUUAUACCAAGAGAUAUCAGUUCCUUAUGGAGUUACUGGGGCAUUGAGUUGCUAGUAUUGGCAAACUUCAUGUUCCAAAUUAUCUUAACUUUCAAUGGAUGUCGUCGAAGGCACACACCGGGAUAUAAGCUCAGCUUAACCGUUUGGUUUUCCUACUUAUUGGCUGCUAAACUAGCAACGGUUGUUCUGGGCAAGCUAACGACAAUUGAAAUAGGCAAAGACCAACGCAACACGCACACCCAAAUUCAGGCAUUGUUGGCACCAUUGAUGUUCAUGCAAAUAGGAAAUCCAGAUACGAUCACAGCCUACUCGAUCGAAGACAACCAGCUAGGAGUGAGGCAAAUUUUCAGCUUGGUGAUCCAAGUGACUAUAAUGUUCUACAUUCUUAUAAGGUCAUGGACAAAUUCAAGAACAUCGUUUCUUUACUUGCCAAUGUCUUUAGCUGGGAUAAUCAAGUAUGCAGAAACAUCAUGGGCUCUAAAAUCAGCACUCAACGGAAACUUCGGCUUCACAAUUGCCGAUUUCUUCAAAUAUCACGAAGUAGCUCGUUUGUUCGACAAAUUACCACAGGGAGAGAACGAACUCCCAGAGGCAAAAUUGAUCUUAAGAGCUUAUUAUAGAUUUUGCUGCCUAAAACCACAUCUAGAGAAUUGGCUUUACUAUCCUCCAACUGAUUGCGAAUACCAAAAACUAUACAUCGACGACUGUGACUAUGAAGACGUGUUCAGAAUUACAGAUUCUGAGCUGGGUUUCAUGUACGAUGCACUUUAUACGAAAGCACCGGUCGUAUAUACUCGUAAGGGUUUAAUUCUUCGUUGUAUUAGCUUACUUAGCUUGAUAGCCACACUAGUUGGGUUUUCAGUCUUGUUCAAGGAUGCUUUUGUGUAUAAUAUCAGUGUUGGGUUUAUCCAUUUUGUGUUGAUAGCAUCUCUGAUAAUUGAGGUAUAUCAGAUCUUGAGAUUACCAUACACAGAUUGGGCUAUAAUCCAAAUGAUUAGGCACUAUGAAACUUUUCCUUUUCUUAUGGGUUUCUUGCAGUCUCUAGCCCCUCAAUCAGCAACUUGGAGAAGAUGGUCCAAUACAAUGGGACAGUUCAAUCUUUUAGAUUUCUGCUUGCAAACCAAGCACCGAAACUACAGCCGAAUCAAAAUUCUCCGGUAUUGGGGCAUGGAUAUGAAACUCCGAAAGCAAUUGAGUUUGGAUCGAAUCGACGUCGAUCCCAAAGUGAAAGAGCUUGUGGUAGCAGAACUCAGAGAGAUAGAUAAGAUCAAAGGACAAGAAGAGUUCGAUCAAAGAGGCCAAUGGACAAUCGGAAGGUACCGAGAAAAACUCAAACUCAAUGACGUGAUCCAAGCACUUGAAACAACAGUAAACAAGAGACCAUUCGAUAAGAGCAUAUUCAUAUGGCAUAUCACAACAAAUAUUUUCUAUCACAUACAGAGCUUUCAUGAUACUACUGACAAUGCUAAAAUGGAAGCUAUCAUGAAUAUAUCAGAUUAUAUGAUGUACCUUUUGGUGACGCGUUCGCACGUGCUAUCGUCAACAACUGGAGAUAUCAUAUUUGACCAUUCUUGCGUGAAGCUCGGGAGGUUAACGAGAACUGGACGUCUGAACAAAGAGGAAGCCUGCAAAGAUCUGUUAGGAUUACAGAAAGAAGGUAUCCUUCAAGUGAAGGAACCGCAUGCACCACCUGAAUCAGAAGCAGAGAAAGUAGUUGUGGGGAAUUGGAACCUGCUGAAGGAUGUAAAAGAAUUAGCAGAUAGCUUAUCAACAAUGAGCAAUGAAAACAUAUGGAAGGUACUAGGGAGUAUGUGGGUUGAGAUGUUGGGAUAUGCAGCAAGUCACUGUGAAAUGGAAUAUCAUUCAGAACAUAUCAGACAUGGAGGUGAAUUGAUCACUCAUGUUUGGCUUUUGGUAGCACAUAAUGUUACCAAAUACAGUUCAUAUGAGUAUCAUUUCGGCAGUCAAGAUGAAGAGACUCAUUAAUUUUUCCUUGAUUGGUUCAACGAUAUAUUUUGUAAAAAGCAUAAUGCAUGGAAUUCCUCCAAUCUAAAUGCAGUAAACAAGUUUUAAUAAAAAGAAUACUAUAAUUCAUGGGUGGUUUCUUACAAAUGUGUCUCUAACAUACACUUUCUUCAAUUUCCAUGCAUGUUUGAUCUAA